GCGGGCUCUUGCAUGAUGGGCUCUGGAGGGCGAGAGUCAGCCAAUCGGAAGCGGGCAGGGGCGGGGCUGGCCUCAGCGGACUGGAUAGGUUCUUGGAGGGUAGUAGUGAAAGGCCCGGGGACCUUGGCCUCUAAACGCACCCGCACCUGCGCCUGCACCUGCGUUUGCACCUGCAGCUGCGGUUCACCUCACGUGCGCCUACACCUACGCGCUUCUUCCACCUGGCAGACGCCGAUCAGGAAGUUUGGAAAUUUUAGUGGUCAGAUACCAGGAACAGGUCCAAACAUGUUCGCUGGUGGGUAUCAGCCGGGGUAUACACCGUAUCCAGGCAGCUAUUCUGCAGCCGAUGACUCCAUGUGGUCUUACUUCACUGCUGUUGCUGGUCAGGAUGGUGAAGUGGAUGCUGAAGAACUGCAAAGAUGUUUGACACAGUCUGGAAUCAGUGGAACUUAUUCUCCCUUCAGCUUGGAAACUUGCAGAAUUAUGAUUGCCAUGUUGGAUAGAGAUUAUACAGGAAAAAUGGGAUUUAAGGAAUUCAAGGAUCUUUGGGCAGCUCUUAGUGCCUGGAAGCAGAACUUUAUGACCAUUGAUCAAGACCGAAGUGGCUCAGUGGAGCAUCAUGAAUUGAGUCAAGCCUUUGCUACCAUGGGUUAUAGACUGAAUCCCCAAACAGUAAAUGCUAUUGUUAAACGUUAUAGCAAGAAUGGCAGAAUUUUCUUUGAUGAUUAUGUUGCUUGCUGCGUGAAGCUUCGAGCAUUGACAGAUUUCUUUAGGAGAAGAGAUCACUUGCAACAAGGCUGUGUGAAUUUCACAUAUGACGAUUUUUUGCAGGGCACUAUGACAAUAUGAAUGCCUAGGAUUUGAAAGGUGAAGAAAUACUGUGAAUCCUUUUGCUUGAAAGAAAUGAAGUGGACCAACUUAAAUUAAAACCUGUGGGGACUUACCAUGUUUCUGGCUAUUAAAUCUCUUCUGUGUGUUUUGAUUUUAAUGCAUAAUUCAAAGCAGAAAAUGUUAUGUUUUCUUACUUGGGAUAUUACUGCUUUUGGAAAAAUUAUAACUACAAAUAUCUGAAUACUAUUAUAAAAAGUUGAUAAAUAAUUAAAUUAGGUCAAUAAUUCUUAGACUUAAUUUUUAACAAUAAAGGCCUAACUAAGAGAAGCAUGCUAACGUGAUAUAUUGUAUAACGAGCGAAAAAAAGAAAAAUCUAGAGAAAACUUACUUACACUUAUCUCAAAACUGUAUAUUAUAAUUUGAAUUUUCUUUAUAUUGUGGAUAUUUGAGAGUAGGGGGAAAAGGAAGUGUGAAUUUUGUGCCAUUUUGUAACAGGGUUAUUCGUUGAUCACAUAGAUGAGGAUGUAUCCUGGUGGAACUUUGGGAGUAAGCAGAUUGUAGUUCCUAAAAGCUGAUCGAAAUUUGAAUUUAUAGUGAGGUAAGAGUACAGGAGUUACUGGUUUUCCUUUUAUGUUAUUUUCAGUGCAAAUAUGUUUCUUCAAUAUAUUUGAUUGUCUUAUGUAGAAAAAAACAGUUUUGAAAUAUAGCUUUUUUUCUUUGUACUUUAUUUUAAUGGUGAAACUAUAGAUAACCCGAAAUGACAUCUUUUUCUAAAUACAGAUUUUUUUUUUUUUUUUUUUUUUAGGAAACACAUAUUCUUAAUUAAUUGUCAACAUUUACCUGUUCUAUAAACUAAGUUUAUAUAACAGUAGAAAAAUUAAGUAAUCUACCAUUCUUUUUAAAUGUUCAGAAAUGACAAAUUUAGGUUAUUUAACAGCAUUAGUUAAAUUCUUCUUCUUUUUCUUUUUUUGUAUUUGUAAAUCAAUAUGUUUUCAUUAUAUCUAUGUAAUGUAGGCUGUUGAGUUUAGGAGACUCCCAGCAACAUGUCUGGGUAGUUUUACAACAAAAAUCACAAAGGGGUUUUGCCAAGUUCUUAGCAUUUUUAUCCCUAUAUAAGUUGGCCUUAUGUAAUUUCUUUUUUGGCAAACAGCCUGUCAUUUUUAAUGAAGAUUUAAUAAAUCAUGUUUUAUUUUUACUCUUGAACGGAGUAUCUUCCAGCCUGGAAAGCAAAUAUAAAUUGACAUAAUUUUAGUCUAUCUGGCAAGCAGAAUAAUAUAUUGAUUUUUAAGUUGGAAGAUACAUGGUAUUAUUUUUGGAAAAAGAACUCCCUGAAUAGACAAAAUUUUAAAUCAGAUUUUACAUAUUUGUAAAAAUCUUGAGGUGGAAAUAAUGUAUAAUCAUUUUGACACAGAUUUUUUUUGUAUAAUUUAUAUUUUGCUGUCAGAUUCACUUGGUCAGUUUUUCAUGAAUGAGCCAAUAAUUCAGGUUUUGGUCCUUUGGUUAUUAUAUUUUUUCAUGCACUUGUAAGAAGACAUUAACUGAGCCAUAUAAAGUGUGUAGAAUUCUAAGCAGAAAUGUAGGGGAAAAAAAGCAACUAUGUAGUGCAAACUCUAUAUGUCCUUGUGUUGAGUAACAGUAAUGAUAUAAUCAGUCACCUUACCAGGUGAUAGAUUUCCGACUCACUGUAAUGCUGUGAGGUACAUUAUGAUUAUCUUCCUCACUUGAAUGAUCAUAGUUUAUGUAAAACUUUAAAUAUCAUAUUAUUCAUAAAAAUUCCUACAACAUAGCCCUUUGUGUUAGAAAUCUUUACACAAUCCCAAAUUUAUCCUUUCUUAAAGCCUUUCCUGUGGUGUUGGAUGUUAAGAGCUCUGUGCAGAAGCUUCCAUGGCCAAACAUACUUAGAAAGUCUCAUCUUCCCAGAGAGCUUGGUAAUGUUAGUAUGUGAAAGCCUAACAUGCAUAUAGUCUUGUCUCAUUUUAUUUGACCAAGUUUGUUCCAAACUCUUCAGUCAUAGAAGUCCUUUUUCUGGAAGGCUGUUCUGGAAUGACUGAAUUGCAUUAUCAGGCAUUCUUUUGCACUGGAAUUAAAUGAAUAGUCUUAUAAACACAUUAGGCAUAGAGAAUAUUCAGGAAGUUUAUACUAAAAUUUAAUAUCCAGGAUGUUUAUACUAAAAUGCAAUUUAUUUUUUUGAUGUUUUAAAAAUAAUUACUGUAAGCAGAUAGCUUUUACUAAGGUAAAGAUAAAAUAGUUUUAUGAUGAACACAACUGCAAUAUGGAUAUAGUUGAUAGUUUGUACUGUUGAACUCAUACCCCAGUUGCUUUUGAUGAUGUAAAAUAUUAAUAUACACUCUCAAUGUAUAAGUGCUUUUAUUUAUACAAUAAACAUGUUUCCAUGUCAUUUUGAGAAUUUUAAAUAAACAUUCAAAUAGC